AUUCCCAUUUGUUUUCGAUAAUUGGAAAAAAACACGCAAUCUAGCAUUUUUAAAUCAAAAAGUUUUUGAAAAGUGUAAAAAAUUAUUUUUAAAUUUAAAAAAUAUAGGACAAGAAUUGGCAUUAGAACUGUGCAUACGCAUAGAAUUUUGAACCAAAACACAAAUAACCAAAGCGGUUUUUUCGAUUCGAAAUUUCUGUGCUGAAAUUUUGGCGUAAAACUACUUAAAAUCCGAAAAUUCUACAAUAGCAGCUUAAAACCACCAAAUCACCCACUACUAAGCAGCCUAGAAGACCACUCAGCAAUAUUUUAGCACCCGGAACAACAAUUAAGCAGCAAUAUUUUGUGUGCAAUAAGCGACCAUUAACUUAACGGUUCUGAAUUAUACUAAAAAGUUACUGGAAGAAGCUUAACGCGAAGACGCGCUAAGUUGAAGCUUAGAACCUGCAGCUGCCGCCAACUGUGCUUAUUUGCACGCAUCUACAACAACAAUCACGCCAAGUGUGAUCACAUCAACUGCGUACGCUAUAACAACAACUGCAGCAACAGUUACCGUAAGUAGUUGUUGUUAGAGUAGUCCAAUUACCUAAUCUCAAAACCACAAGCCAAGCGCCGGCCGAAGACAUUUAGACGCAAAAACACCAAUUCAAAUUUGUAUGCUCCAACGUAAAUAGAAGAACAGGAAAAUAUUUAAGCACAAAUACUACAACAAGAACAAGAUCGUUCAAAAUGUCCCUAGCAACACGUCAGACCACUACCGAUUCGGUGGCAGAGGAGGAGAAACCGCAUCCACGCUGGUUCGAUUGGGUCGAAAGGAAUGCCGUGCCAAAAAGCUUCGACUUUCCGCGGCCCAAACGCGAAGUGACGCGCUGGCAGAAGCGCGGUCCAAUGACGCGACGUGAUUGGGUGCGUUUCUACCGCUGGGCAUCAAAGAAUGCUAUGCCACGUGAAAUACCGCCACCACAUUGCCCCGAGCAGCCACCGGCCAAGGCCGAAGAGGGCAAGAAAAAGAAAAAGGAAAAGAAGAAAAAAACGUAUACGCUCGCUGAACUGCUCGAGCAUGCGGCACAGAUUAGUGAGCCCCGCGAACCACGUGACAAGUACACUUUUCCACCAACGCCCGACUAUCCAUACGCGCCGAAAAUUUCGCUGAAAGAGCCAGCCAAAAAAGAUCCAGGGCGACCAUUUCAGCCGAUCAAAGUACCGAAGUGGUUUCAUCAUCUCGAGAACGAGACCGAGUUCUGGUCAACGUUGCGGUUUCCCAUCUUCCGUCCGGCGCUCAACUAUAAACCGACUGCGAAUAUGCUGCGACUGGCGUUGCCGCGCAUGGUGCCUCCGCUACGGCAACAUUGUCCGAUACCCGAGCCGCCGAUCGAGUUCGUGGCGCCACGCCGACGCAUGACCUAUCGGCAAUGGCGCGAGCAUCUAAGACGGCUGGAGUAUCUCGCAAAGCCGACAGCGCGGCCGUACUAUGUGGAAAUGUAUGAUUACGUGUACUAGUGUCGUGCUAAGUUAACGGUUAUUAGUUUAUUAUUAGUCGGAAAAUUAGUUGGGUACUCAAUUAUUUUCUCUUAUUAUUACUUUAUAAUAGUUAUAGAGCGUUAAGUUGUUCAGUGAAACGUUAAAAAAUAAUGCAAAUGAUAUUACAGAUGAUAUUAAGGGAGUUAGAUAAUGGGUUAUUUUAAAGUGCUUGGUAAAGUGACGAGGUUGAAGGAAAGAGAAUUGCAAGCGUUGACAUUGAAAAUUUCUCCUAUUGAACGAAAUGUAUUAUGAGUUGUGAAGGGCAAGGUUGGGGCGUAUCUCUUUCGAAUGCGUCGUUCGCUUUGUGGCGCUCAAUAGCUGCGCGAGCGUAAAUGGCUGCUCUUAGAAGAUUUGCGCUGCUAUUGUCAACCUUUUUUUUUUAGAUACAGUGUACUCGUAUGUAGUUUUCAUACUCAUGUAUUUGGUACAAAUUAUAUACAUAUAUAUUUCUAUAAAAAUUAUUUCCUGUAAAAAAUUCAUCUGAAAAAAUUAUCACAUUGAAAAUAUAUUCAACAUAUGGUUUCGAAAAAACUGUAAAUUAAAUCAAAUUAAAGUUUUUCUUUCUCGAAAUUAGCACAAGAUAGUAAA